AUGGGAUUCAGAUCUAAAUCUAUCAGCAGAAAGAAGAACAGCGGCACUUAUGACGUCAAGAUCACUAAAGAAGAUCAAAAAAACUUGAAAUAUAACACCAAUGACAACCAACUUCUUAAUGCCGUGAACGAAGCCCAACCUUUCCAAGAAGCUAGUGACCGUUCUGUCAACAGACAAAGUAUGGGGAUGUUUUUGGCCAACAAAAACAACAACGUCGAUACCUUUGGUAUCCCUAUCAGACAACCGGACGUUUCCAAUCCAAGUAGAUCAAGAGACGAAAGACCUUUGGAUACUAUUAGAUCUUUUGAGUUUGCUAUCACUGGUGACAACUAUUACAAAGACAUCUUAGAAACCCCAAAGUUGGGGUUCAGACCAAGACCUGAGUUCCCAUUGUUUAAAUCAAACCCAUACGCUAACAAUCAACCACAACAGCAUCAAUCCUACGAACAACCUGUUUACACUCCAGCUCCUAUGGCUAACAUCAAACCAGAAAAGAAAAAGAGAGGUUUAUUCGGUAGAAAGAAAUAA